AUGAAUUUCCGAAGAUCACGCACACGAUCACGACGAAACUCUAUGAACAUAAUGAUAAGUACAGAAAAAUGGCGAACCUAUGGGAGAAAACUAUCGCGUAAAGACAAAGAGUAUCUAGAAGAAGAUUCUGUGGACGAUUUACCGCAAGCGUGUGAACUCAAAGAUUGGUUUGAAGAAUUUUUUAUGCAAAACAAUGCAGAAAACGACCAAUCCGAUCAAGAUGUUGAAGUAAAUCUAACGAAAAAACAAACUUUAGUGCUCUCCACUUUGGUACCUGACGAAAUACUUCUUAUGAAAAAUUUCAGUACAGGGGACCCGAAAAAAUUCGUAGGCGUUUUGAUGAUGGCUGAUGUUUCAGGAUAUACAGCACUAUCUGAAAAAUAUAACAAUACUGGAAAGGGUGGUACUUAUAAAUUAACAGUGACAUUAAAUACCUAUCUAGGUUCUCUUAUAGAAGUCAUAUAUAGUCAUGGUGGAGAUAUAAUAAAAUUUGCUGGAGAUGCAUUUUUAGCUCUCUGGAAAACUGAUAAACGAACAUUCUUAUCUCAUACGAUUCACACAGCGAUUACAUGUGCCCUUAUAAUUCAGCAUUCUUUUGGAUCAUAUGAAACUGAUGUCAAAGUAAAUCUCAAAGUGAAAUUGGCUAUAUCGGCUGGUAAUUUAAUAUUCGCUCCUAUUGGGACUGGAAUAGAUAUGAAUUAUAUAAUCAUUGGCUUACCCGUCAUUGAAGCAAAAGUCGCUGAAAGUCUUUGUGCUUCCGGAGAAGUAAAGUUGACGCCAACUGCAUGGGGGCACUGCUAUUCGAGAAAUUAUGAUCAUUUCAUCGAUGGUGAUAGUCAUGUUACUAUAAAAUCCAUUCUGUAUGAUCCACGUGAAAAUGACGUAAGUAAACCUUUUCCUGGGUUCGGAGCUAUGAUCAGACAAGCCAACAAAUCAUUUAUUACAAUAGAAAAUCUACCAGACCAUCUUUUAGAUAAUGCAACUAAAGGAGGUACAACAAUUUCAAAAGCAAAUGAGUUAUUGACAUUACGUAAAACCAUAUUAAUUGCAAAGGAAAAAAAUAUAGGCUCUGAAAUAAGAAAAUUUAUGAUAAGACCAGUUCUAACACAAAUCGAUGCGCACCAACCUUUAGAAUAUCUGACUGAAAUGAGACAAGUUUCAGUUUUAUUUGUAACCCUCAAACCAAGAGAAUGUCCCUUCCCACAACUAAUUACAAUAGUUAAUAAUUCAUAUCAAAUUAGUUGUGAAAUCGUUUACAAAUCUAUGGGAUGCGUAAAUAAAAUAAUUUUAUUCGACAAAGAUAUUAUGAUAUUAGUAAUUUUUGGAUUGCGAGGAUUCAAGCACGAAUCCGAAGCACAAGCUGCUCUAAAAUGUGCAUUUAGUAUAAAAAAAUCCGUUUCAGCUCUUGACGGUGUGAUUGAAGUAUCCAUUGGUGUCACUACUGGUCAAGUAUAUUGUGGAGUAGUUGGACAUCCAUUUCGCAGAGAAUUCACCGUUAUUGGCGCCACUGUUAAUAAGGCCGCUCGUUUAAUGUGUGGAUUUCGAAACAAAAUAACAUGCGAUGAAGCUACUUUUGUCAAAAGUAAAAUGUCCAGUAAUGGAUUUACUCUUCAACCACCAACUGAACUUAAAGGAAUAGUUCAUCCCGGUAAAAUUUAUGAAUACACAGAAGAAAUUAGAGCAAAAGAAUUAUAUAACAUACCUUUGACAUCGCCAUUACUAAAUCGGAGCGAUGAAAUGGAGUAUUUUGAAAACUGGAUCAACGAUUAUCAUUUAUCGUUUAGAGAUUUUGAUGCCUUAUUACUUAUCGGGGAAAGUAGAAUAGGCAAAACUAGACUUCUGCAAUGGAUGGCUCGAUAUGCAAAAAACAAGGAUCUUACUGCCUGUCAUCUUAGUUUAACUUCAAUACAUUCUGCAACACCGUAUUUAGCAUUAAAUCAAAUUAUUGAACAAAUGCUAGGACUUGACAAACCAAUUAUUGGAUUUGCAAAAGAAGAAAAAAUUGUCAAUCUCCUUAGUUAUUAUUGUGACGAGUUGUGUUAUUUAAACAAUGUUCUAAAGGUUCGGUUUGCUUACCACGAAGAAUUUUCUUCGCAGAAUGAAAUUUUACGAAAAGAAAAAGAAAAAAAGAUUUUCAAAAAGUUAAUAUCUUGUCUGUCAAAAACAUAUGUAAUAUUUUUAGACGAUUUACAAAAUUUAGAUGCAUUCUCCUGGGAUUUUCUUGCAAUUAUGAUCGAGAAUAUGAAAAUAUUUACCGUAUUAACUGUAACCAGAGGAAAAUUUUGCAGUGUACACAGUUGGCUGUACAAUGUCUUCAUUAAAAACAACAUAAGAAAAAUUGUUUUAGGUACCAUCAGUUCUACAUGGAUCAUACCAUUGGCUUGCCAAAUACUAGACGUACAAGCUGUAUCAGAGGAUCUAUGUAAUGCACUUGAAGCGAAAUGUACAGGCAUGCCUGGUCUCGUGGAAAGUUUCAUUGUUCACCUUUUUUCAAAUGGUGCUUUGAAUAUUAAGAAAGUUCGUGAAAAUGAACUAGACUCCUGGCAAGAUGAGAACUUACAAUUUCCAGAUCCUAAUUUAUUACGUCCUAUAGCAAUAAAUGCAAACGAUCAACCUCUUUUAGAUCAAUUUAUUAAAGAAAACAUCACGGAAGAAAUAUCGAUAUGUUUUGUGAUACAGAAAGAUCAACUUAAUAUAGACAUAAAUAUACAAAAUGUAGACGCUCUUAUUAUGAUGCAAAUAGAUUCAUUAACCCCUUAUCAGCAACUACUUUUAAAAAUAGCUUCUGUAAUUGGAAACGUAUUAUCAAGACAUCUCUUAGAAAAUAUAAUGUAUGAAAAUAAUCCUUUAACUACAGCAAAAGCUAUAAAAAGACUAUUUGCAAUGCGUAUUUUAUCCUGUGCAAAUAGUAGAUAUAAUAAAAUGGCUUCAACUGGAACACUAAUAUCUAAUUACUCAGUUGAUUCAAAUUUGUCCUGUGAAUGCUGUUUUGAUUAUGACUCUGAUAUGAAUGAUGGCUUACCUAAAUAUGCUUUUUGUAAGGUAAUGAAAUUCAGGAAUAAAAAUUCAAGGAAAACUUUUUACGAUUUAUUACCUCUUAAUCAGAAAAAAGAGUUUCAUUUACGCAUUAUUCAUUAUUUAGAAAACAAUAACCAAAAAUGUCCUAAUUGUGGUGGCACAGUUAUGAUAGUACAAUCUUUAUUUAAUUUGCAACCAAAUAUAAUGACAUCUAUUGAAAAACAAUAUGCGAAUGAAGAAUACCUUGAAGAUAGUAAAAGCGACUCUUACUUUGAAUUGCAAUGUGAAAAAGAAAACACAAUUCCAUAUAACAGUCAUUCAUUACGUGACACAAAAUCUGGCUCAUUAAAUAUGUUAAAUAAAACGGUAGACCAUAAACAAGAUAGCUUAAUAAAUUCCGGUACAAAGUCUAGUAAAAGUGAAACAACAUUUAUAAAUGUCUCACAAUGUGCGCCAAUUUUAAAGGUAAAGUCAAGCUAUGAUAAUAAUACUGAUAUUCGUAGAAGAUCUACAAAAAGAGUUACAAUGUCAAAUAUUUGCAAGACAGUCAACUCAGAAAUGUUAAAGGGGAAUUCUAUAUUUGAUAAUUUAAGAGGUGUAACAGAGGCCAAAACAACAAAUGAUUGGCACAGUUUGGGAGUUAUUGAUAGUGAAGAUAAACUAAGAAUAACUAAAACAGAGAAACAGAAAAAAUCUUUAUGUAUAAAUUUAGAGAAAGGAGUUUCGAAAACUGAUUAUAGCAAAUGCACAUGUACUGACAUAAACAUAAUCAUACUUGAACAACUUAUACAGCAUGCCAAAGAAGCUGAAGUGAAAUUCAAAGUGAUUGAUUUUCUUAUAAAAUAUAGCUAUUUCAAUGUUUUAGAGAAUAAUUUUGAAAAUGCAUUACCAAAACUUGAAGAAGUUGAAAGUAUAUGCCUCGAUAAAACAGUUUCAGAUAUCGCAGAUUUUGAUAGGAAAAGAUUUCUAGGUAAAAUAUAUUCCUUGAAAGCAGCUUCGUAUUUAAUAAGCGGUAGACAUAUAAUUGCGAAAUUAAAUAUUGAAAAAGCUGCUAGGAUAUACCACAUGAACUUGAAAAAAAUUUCCAAUUUCUUACAAAUUAGGACAUUACUUAACGCUGCUAAGUUUAAUCGCAAGAAACAUCGUUUACGUAAAGCACUCAUGCAAGCAGAUACAAUUUUUUUCUUAAACGUUGCAACAGUGCUAUACUCCACUUUGGACGAUGAAGACACCUCUAGAAUAGCAGCACUUCGGUCUUUAUACCUUGUACAACGAAUUGAAUGUAGCGUUAUAGAUUUAUGUGAUACAUUAGCCAAUAUGAUCCAAAUGGAACUCGAUCGUGGAAUGCCGGAAUUAACAGUUGAUCUGGAAAAAAUAUCAUAUAAUUGCUUAGAAAGUUUAAAGCGACCUAUUAAAGCCGAUGAAAUGUUCGCUAUAGGAAAAUUAUUAUUCGCUAUUUUUCGUGCACGUACAGCACGAGGUCAGAUAGCAUCUGCAAUUCGAUCCGGGUUUCGAGCUCUUGUAAUUAGCCUUUUUUUGCAUGCAGACAAAAUAUCAAUAGAUAUCAUCCCUGAUCUAUUCUAUCUGUUACUAGCACGGUGCAGAAUUGAGGAAGCAGUCGAAAUUGUAAAUUUACUUUUAAAAUUAGGCGAAAAUCAAACAACUCUUGAAUGCGAGACUUGGUAUUAUGCUCUUUCUCUCGACAUGAUAUUAGAUGCUGGUUUUCAGCUAGAAUCACCAUACGAAAUUAGUCGUUUUGCUGAGUUUUCACUUCAUAAAGGUAAAGCAGCAGGUGAAAGCCGCCGUCGACUUGUUAUAGGCUUAUGGACUUAUUGUUUAAGAUCAGAUUUUGAGAAAAAAGCUAAACGAUAUGAAAAUGAAGCUUUAAAUUGGUCCACACGUGACAAUGAGGAUGGAUCAUUAAAAACUAUUAUAAGUGGAAUAAGACUAGCAGAAGCAAUGUUAGAGAGUUUAGCUAGCAAAGUAGAUGACUUGAAAAAGGUGGUUGAUGUAAUGGAAUUACGAUCAUUGGCUGAUCGAGAACUGGGGGAAUUAGAAAGAGAUGCACGUAAUUUACGAACCAUUUAUCCACGGUGGCUUUUAUUAAAAGCAAAUUCUCUAAGAUUAUCGGGGCGACUGACAACAGCCACGGUCUUUUUUAAUCAGGCAGUUGAAGAGGCUAGGCGAAUUAAUAAUCAUUUAGAACAAGCAACGGCCCUUGCAGCUACCUCUAAUUCGAUAUCCUGGAUUCAGAAUGCCCGUUCCGGUAAUUUUUUACAUUGGAAUAUAUUGGCAAACGAAACUACAAAAACAUCCUGGCAUCAUUUUCUUUAUAAAGUCUUUACUAAUCGAAAUGUUUAA